CCACUCCGCCGCCGCCACCCUCCAGCGACCCGGCAGCCUCCUCGCAGCAGCGGCAGCUGGAUCCCGGGCGUCAUACACCAGCCAGCACAGCCACCUGGGCGCCGAGCUGAGGGCGCUGCAGUCCCCCGAGCACCACCACAUAGACCCUAUUUAUGAAGACCGCGUCUACCAGAAGCCCCCUAUGAGGAGUCUCAGUCAGAGCCAGGGGGACCCUCUUCAGCCAGCACACACAGGCACCUACCGCACUAGCACAGACCUGGUUAACCAUUUCUGUGAACAGGUCCUCAAUUUUUUACUUUGUCCCUACUUUCCUGUCGUAGCCCCAUCUUCCCCUGGUGUCGACUCCGUACCCUUACAGCGCACAGGCAGCCAGCACGGCACCCAGAACGCAACCGCGACCUUCCAGAGGGCCAGCUAUGCAGCAGGCCCGGCCUCCAAUUACGCAGACCCCUACCGACAGCUGCAGUAUUGUCCUUCUGUCGAAUCACCAUACAGCAAAUCUGGACCAGCCAUCCCGCCUGAGGGAACCUUGGCUAGGUCACCUUCCAUUGAUAGCAUUCAGAAAGAUCCAAGAGAGUUUGGAUGGAGAGAUCCAGAACUUCCAGAGGUUAUACAGAUGUUACAGCAUCAGUUCCCCUCAGUGCAGUCCAACGCUGCUGCCUACUUACAGCAUCUCUGUUUUGGAGACAAUAAAAUAAAAGCUGAGAUAAGAAGACAAGGAGGAAUACAAUUAUUGGUGGACCUCCUGGACCAUCGGAUGACAGAAGUCCACCGCAGUGCCUGUGGAGCUCUGAGGAACUUGGUCUAUGGGAAGGCAAAUGACGACAACAAAAUCGCUUUGAAGAACUGUGGGGGUAUUCCAGCCCUAGUACGAUUACUCCGCAAGACUACAGAUUUGGAAAUCAGAGAAUUAGUCACAGGCGUUCUCUGGAAUCUGUCCUCUUGUGAUGCAUUAAAGAUGCCAAUCAUCCAGGAUGCCCUUGCGGUACUGACCAAUGCGGUGAUCAUUCCUCAUUCAGGAUGGGAGAACUCCCCUCUCCAGGAGGACCACAAAAUUCAGCUUCAUUCAUCACAGGUGCUGCGCAAUGCCACUGGGUGCCUAAGGAAUGUCAGCUCUGCCGGAGAAGAGGCCCGCAGAAGAAUGCGAGAGUGUGAUGGACUUACCGAUGCAUUGCUGUACGUGAUUCAGUCUGCUCUUGGAAGCAGUGAAAUUGAUAGCAAGACCGUUGAAAACUGUGUGUGCAUUUUAAGGAACCUCUCAUAUCGACUCGCUGCAGAAACAGCUCAGGGACAGCAAACCGGGACUGAUGAACUCGAUGGCUUACUUUGUGGCGAUGCCAAUGGAAAAGACGUGGAAAGUUCUGGAUGCUGGGGCAAGAAGAAGAAGAAAAAGAAAUCACAAGAUCAGUGGGAUGGAGUCGGACCUCUCCCGGAAUGUGCAGAACCACCCAAAGGAAUCCAGAUGCUGUGGCACCCGUCCAUAGUCAAACCCUACCUCACACUUCUCUCUGAGUGCUCCAACCCAGAUACGCUGGAAGGGGCAGCCGGAGCAUUGCAGAACCUGGCCGCAGGUAGCUGGAAGUGGUCAAUAUAUAUCCGCGCUGCCGUCCGGAAAGAAAAAGGCCUGCCGAUCCUGGUGGAGCUGCUUCGAAUAGACAAUGACCGAGUCGUAUGUGCGGUUGCAACAGCUUUACGGAAUAUGGCCUUAGAUGUCCGAAAUAAAGAGCUAAUAGGCAAAUAUGCCAUGCGGGACCUGGUUCACCGACUUCCCGGAGGUAACAACAGUAACAGUUCAACAAGCAAGGCCAUGUCUGAUGAUACCGUGACUGCCAUUUGUUGCACCUUGCAUGAAGUCAUCACAAAAAACAUGGAGAAUGCCAAGGCCUUGCGGGAUGCAGGAGGAAUUGAGAAGCUUGUUGGCAUUUCCAAGAGUAAAGGAGACAAGCACUCACCAAAAGUAGUGAAGGCGGCAUCUCAGGUCUUAAACAGCAUGUGGCAGUACAGGGACCUGAGAAGUCUCUACAAAAAGGAUGGAUGGUCACAAUAUCACUUUGUAGCCUCAUCUUCAACAAUAGAGAGGGAUCGGCAGAGACCAUACUCGUCAUCACGCACACCCUCCAUCUCUCCCGUGCGCAUGUCUCCCAACAAUCGUUCAGCAAGUGCCCCAGCCUCACCUCGGGAAAUGAUUAGCUUAAAAGAAAGAAAAACAGACUACGAAUCCACUGGAACAAAUGCUACUUACCAUGGAAAUAAAGGAGAACACACUUCUAGGAAAGAUACAAUGACAGCUCAGAACACGGCAAUUUCUACUUUGUAUAGAAAUUCUUAUGGUGCACCUGCUGAAGAUAUCAAACACAACCAGGUUUCAGCACAGCCAGUUCCACAGGAACCCAGUAGGAAGGACUAUGAAGCAUAUCAGCCGUUUCAGAAUUCAACAAGAAGCUAUGAUGAGUCCUUCUUUGAAGAUCAAGUGCAUCACCGUCCACCUCCAAGCGAGUACAAUAUGCAUCUGGGACUUAAGUCUACUGGCAACUACGUCGACUUCUAUUCAGCCGCACGACCCUACAGUGAGCUCAAUUAUGAAACAAGCCACUAUCCAGCAUCUCCAGAUUCCUGGGUUUGAAACCUAGGCAAGAUUUAAACAGACAAACAGACAAAGAAGAGGC